CACCGUAGUGGCGUGCGCACCGGAGCCACGCCCCUGCGGGGCUGAUGAAACUUCCCUCAGCGUUACACGAGGUGAGCGGGGCAAGUCCCAACCACAAAUCUUAGCCCGGCGUCUGCUUGCCCAGGAGCCCAGGUCUACAGCCUCCAGGACUCCUCCAGGGAACCCUGCCAAGAGGAGGUGCCGCUCCGGAGACCCGCGGCCCGAAGGCAUCUGUGGGCUUCUGCGUAGUGACUGUUAUAAAUAAAGGGCCAGGCUUCUCUUCUCCUCGUGGCCUGCAGUAUGUCUUCACCAGCCCAUAACUCACUUGCACCAUGUGUGGCAUUUGGGCCCUGUUUGGCAGCGAUGACUGCCUUUCGGUGCAGUGUCUGAGUGCUAUGAAGGUUGCACACAGGGGUCCAGACGCCUUCCGUUUUGAGAACGUCAAUGACUAUACCAACUGCUGCUUUGGAUUUCACCGGUUGGCAGUGGUGGAUCCUCUGUUUGGAAUGCAGCCCAUCCGACUGAGGAAAUACCCUUCUUUGUGGCUCUGUUACAAUGGUGAAAUCUACAACCACAGGGCGGUGCAACAACAUUUUGAAUUCGAGUACCAGACCAAUGUGGAUGGAGAGAUAAUUCUUCAUCUGUAUAACAAAGUAGGAAUUGAGCAAGCAGUUCGUAUGUUGGAUGGGGUGUUUGCAUUUAUUUUACUAGACACUGCUAAUAAGAAAGUGUUCUUGGGCAGAGAUACCUAUGGAGUCAGACCUAUGUUCAGAGCCAUGACAGAAGAUGGAUUUCUGGCUGUGUGUUCAGAAGCUAAAGGUCUUGUUACACUGAAGCACUCCACAGCUCCAGUUUUACAAGUGGAGCCUUUUCCUCCGGGGCAUUAUGAAGUUUUGGAUUUAAAGCCAAAUGGCAAAGUGACAUCUGUGGAGAUGGUUAAAUUCCAUCAAUGUACAGAUGAACCUGCACAUGUCUGCUAUGACGGUGUGGAGAAACUCUCUCCAGGUUUUGAGAUAGAGAACGUGAAGAACAACCUCCGUAUCCUUUUCAACAAUGCUAUUAAGAAGCGUUUGAUGACAGACAGAAGGAUUGGCUGCCUAUUAUCAGGAGGCUUGGACUCCAGCUUGGUUGCUGCUACUCUGUUGAAGCAAUUGAAAGAGGCCAAAGUAAAAUAUCCUCUGCAGACCUUUGCAAUUGGCAUGGAGGACAGUCCUGAUUUACUGGCUGCUAGAAAAGUGGCAAAUUAUAUUGGAAGUGAACAUCAUGAAGUCCUCUUUAAUUCUGAGGAAGGCAUUCAGGCCUUGGAUGAAGUCAUAUUUUCCUUGGAAACUUAUGAUAUCACAACAGUUCGGGCAUCAGUAGGUAUGUAUUUGGUUUCCAAGUACGUUCGGAAGAACACAGAUAGCGUGGUGAUCUUUUCUGGAGAAGGAUCAGACGAACUGACACAGGGCUACAUAUAUUUCCACAAGGCUCCUUCUCCAGAAAAGGCUGAGGAAGAGAGCCAGAGGCUUCUGAAGGAACUGUAUUUGUUUGAUGUUCUCCGUGCAGACCGAACUACAGCUGCCCAUGGCCUUGAACUGAGAGUUCCAUUUCUGGAUCAUCGAUUUACUUCUUAUUACUUGUCUCUGCCACCAGAAAUGAGAAUUCCAAAAAAUGGGAUAGAAAAACAUCUCCUGAGAGAGACAUUUGCGGACUCGAAGCUGCUACCAAAAGACAUUCUCUGGCGACCGAAAGAGGCCUUUAGCGAUGGAAUAACCUCUGUCAAGAAUUCCUGGUUUAAGAUUUUACAGGACUUUGUGGAACAUCAGGUUGAUGAUGCAAUGAUGGCAGCCGCGGCCCAGACAUUUCCCUUUAAUACUCCAAAGACUAAAGAAGGCUAUUACUACCGCCAGAUCUUUGAACGGCACUACCCUGGCCGGGCUGGCUGGCUGACCCACUACUGGAUGCCCAAGUGGACCAAUGCCACUGACCCUUCCGCCCGCACUCUGACUCAUUACAAGUCAGCCACCAAAGCGUAGGCGCUCACUCUCCACACUGUGUAGGUAAAGCAAGUGCUGCUUCUUGCUGUGGUGGUGGGCAAGCUGUGGUUGGCUAGGGUACCUGUAGGCGCCACCUCUUAGGCUUACUUCAGUUUGACAAAAUAAAAGUCACACAUUAAAGCA